AAAUGAUACGUUGCGGGUAAUAUGGUAUUGGUACGAUCCUCCCUUUGUUUCAUCGAUUUAGCGAUUGAAAAAUCGCUCAGGAUUCCCUGUUCGCGCACGUUAUAUCCCGUUGAGUGAUUUUUUCGUUUCGAAAUCGGACGUUAAAUGAAGCGUUCGACAAUGUUUACACCGUCCAAGCCCUCCGAGACGAAUUUCAUGGAUAUUACGUUGUUAAACACUCCUCAACCGCAGGCAACUUCGACCAUUCAAAGGAAAAGCACAUUAGAAAGUAAGUAUCUUGAAAAGGAUGUGGAUGAAGUUAUACAUAAGCAUUCUGCGAUACGCAAGAGCAAUGAAACCCAAAAGUCAGAUGUUUCCUCUCUUGGUAUACUUGAUAAUUUAUCUUCCUUUUUAGCUGAAGUGGGCGAAAUUGGGGACACAGAGAGUCAAAAUGAAAAUAAGUUUGAUACAGAACGUGAGCUUGCUAGAAAACUACUUCAGAGAUGCAGUGACUUGAAAAGUACUUCUCCGGUAUAUGAUACAAACAAAGAGAAUAAUGCAAAUAUUCAAAAUCUGUCUGAUAGCGUAUUACCUUCCACUCUUGUUGACCAAGGUCAAUCCACAUGUUCUAAUAAAAUCAAUCCCCAAAUUGAAAAUCCUUUACAUCCAACGGAUAGUAACGCGAGUAGCAUCGUCUUUGUGCCAAAUGAGAUAAGUGCACGUUCAUCCGGAUUGAGUAAGAAUUCAGAAAAACGAUUAUCAUCCCUAUCAAAUAAAAAUGUAAAUACAAUAACGUUCGACACAACUACUGCUGAAUUGAUGGCUCAGUUUGACAAUGAGGAAUUUCAAUCUGGUUCUGGAAUUGCCAGUCAAUUGUUAGCCGAUAAUAUAUCCUGGCAGCAGAAUUAUUCUUAUGCUCUUCCAACAACAACUUCUGCUGAAAAGGAUUAUUUGAAUUUAUCAUGUUUUUCGGGUAUCAUCGGUGAACUGGAUUUAUCAAUAGAAUCUCGUGCUGGGCGCAAGGUAUCCGUGGAUGAAUAUUUUAAACGCAAAUGUGGAGCAUUCGGGGAAUUAUCAGAUGAUGGAAUAGAAAGGCCAAGUUUUGGUCUAUCUGUAAAUAGUCCUAAAAAAACAGGUCGACUCAUGCCACUGGUUGAUAAUACUAUAACGACAGAAGAUUCUUCGGCUGAGUCGUUCAUCGCUAAGGAUAAGACUCUACAAAGUAAAUCAAACACAACAAAAGAUACGGAAGAACCGAGCAUUAUGAGUUUGACUUGCAUCGCUCAAGCGUUACAAGAUAUUGAUAACGAUACACCACGAAAAUUAGUGGAUCAAUUUAUAAUGGCGAAAAAAAAGAAAAAGACUAGCCAGAUGCAAGAUCAGAAUGUAACUACGGAUACUUACACGUUAUUGGCUUCAAAACGAAAAUCUAUGCCUGCCACUCCAAGUAGAAAAAUUGAGAAUUUCGAAAAAGAUAUGGAAUUAUUUAAUCUUUCAUCAAAAUUAUCUCUAGAUAGUAAAAUUGUGACUGAACCGAUGGGUGUACAAUCACUGCAUAAAAUGAUAUCCUUCGACUCCAAGGCGUUGCCACAUUUUGAAAGUAGCUGUCAAGAGCUUAAAAAAGAAACGAGUAGUGGAAACUUAACGUCUUCGUAUAAUCAAGAUUAUAAGUCGUUGGAAGUUCCUCAAUUACUUCAUUUGCAUUAUAAUCAAGAAAAAAUACCUUCACCUAGUACUUCGAAAGUUAAUGUAAAACAUAAUCAAGAGAAAAAGUUCGUUAAUUUAGAAAACGAAGAUGUAGGAAAAAAUGAUAAAAUAAAACAGGAAAAUGUUUCUUAUAAAGACAAAUCCGGAACUUUUAUACAGGAUCUUUCGAAUUUACAACGAUCUGAAUCUCAAUCGAGUAAUGUUGUGAUAGGUAAAAGCACGGAGGAACUAUGCAAUUGUAUCGUUGGUAUGUCAAGAGAGACCAAUAUCGAACUUUUAAAUAAAAGCGAUAGAUGGAUCAUAUGUUCGUUAAGUGUAAAUCAAGUUCAAGGAGAUAAGCAAUAUGUUCAACUUACGUUACCGAAAGAUGUAAUUCUUAUUAAACCGAACGCAGAACAACAUGCUAAGAUGACCGUAACAGUUGUGAGAAUGAGUAAACCAAUUAUAGCAGUUAUAAACAUAACAGUAUCAGACAUGGUAACAAGAUCUGAAUGGAUAAUGAAACACAUAAUGUGUUUCAAGCCUGAAGAGCUUAAUAUAAUCGUCUUAAACCCUUCUCAAAAGAGGGAACUCGAUUUUCAAUGUAUCAUUGAAAAUAGCAUAGCAGUUUUACCCAUCACGAUCGAGAAUAAAAACAGCGUCGACGUCUCGAUUAAAUUCGCUGUACUGCAGGACGAACCGUUAGUAUUUAGUCUCGAAAAUUUUGACGAAUUACAACGAGUAACGUUGAAACCUCAAGAAACAUUUACCACGAAUAUACAGUGCAAAGGUGUUUGGCAAAAGAACGCAAAAAUGCAAGAACUACUUUUGCAACGUUAUGACGGCACUUUAAUCAUUCAGGCAGAAAAUGGUCCUGACGAUACCAUAUUGAUCAAGGAAAUUCCUCUUCUAGUGCAAGUAGGCAUUUGCAAGAUACAAGUAGUCGAUACGGAUUUACCUUUGGUCGUUUCCAACAAGCAAAGUAAAUCGUUGACUGUUAUCAAUACUGGAAGUAUGUCCGUAACGAUCUCUGCUUCGCUUGUACAAGACACGGAGAGUGCAAAAAUCACGAAAUAUUUUUCAAUUCGACCUGAAAAUUUACUUCUACAACCUAACGAAACUGGUUCUUUCUGCGUUACUUACAACCAACAAAAUUCGAAUGCUUCCAGAGUGCAUGGCCAGAUUCAAUUAAUGGUUGGCAAUAAUGUAAAUUACCAUCCUAUAAUCGGAGAAUCGACCUCUUACACGGAAGCAGAAAAUGAGAAUUUCGUUCGUUGCGAAACACCUCAGUACCUAUCGUCCAUUAGCUCACCAUCAUCUCCGAAUAGCGUAACCUCGACCAAAUCUGGAGCAUCUGGAAGAAAUUCACCUAUCAGCUCGGUAUCGGGUUCGACCGUUGCUGGUGAUAAAAUUCCUAUAAGAACCACCCACGCAGCCCUGGUGUGGAACAGCGUGAAGACGGGAAAAUCAGAUAUUAAAGAAUUUACUAUUCGCAACACGAGCAACAACAAGAUUAAGAUCCAAGCUGUCAUAUCGGAUAAUGAUAAGAGUUUCCGGUUCCUUCGCGAACGACAAACUGUUGGCACGUCUAUGGUAUUAGUUUUACAAGGUUCGGAAAGUAGGACGCUGUCCGUUGUAUUUGGUCCUCAUCGUUUAGGCGCGGCUACUGGUAAAAUAAUAUUUAGACACUACGAGCCUAGGAGGAACGAUAACGAAUCACGCCCUUCGAAAGCGUUAUUCUUGUACGGGUACGGUGGCUAUAGCAGGGUCGAAUUUUUCGAAGCGUUCAAGGACACAAGUGGAAAAAUGUGGCUAUCGCUUGGUUCUUUAGAUUCUGGAGGUUCCUUGAGCUCGAAGAUCAAAUUGCAAAACACCGGAGACCUGUGUUCAUACGUCAAAAUAAAAUUAACUCCGAAAGCUGUGUAUCCUACCAUGGUUUCGAGUUGGCAAGUGAAUCCGACCGAAUUAUUGUUGAACCCGAAAGAAACUCAAUGGGUGACCUUGGAAUUUCAUCCACGAAAAGAGGAUUUAGCAUUGUUGCAACGCUCAGAUGUGUCUCACGUGGGAACAGUAUUAAUUACUCACGGAGACGAACCCUCGCGUUGGCGAAUUCGUAGACUGUACAAUAAAAUGAAAGAAAUCGGUGAAUUGAGCGGAAAUGAAAACGAAGCAUUUAGAAAUAUACUUCACCCGAUAUGCAAAGCUUUCCCUGGGGAGCAAUUAACGUCGGACAUAAACGCUAUUCGUGAUUCAGUGCAAAACCUUGGAGACCUCUGCAGAGGAAUUAGUCAACAUGAAAUUUUGCUAACAAUGGAAGUGUCUCCGGAUGAAACCUUGUCCAUUCUGCAAGACAAUGCAGACGAAUCGCAAAUGUUUUAUUCACUUUGUAGCGACAAUAGCCAUGUAUACGAAGCACAUGGCGAAAGCUUUUUACCGAAUGAUACGCUCAUGGGGAACAGAAUGUUUCAACAUGAUGCGAAUACCAAUAACGUUACGGUCAGUCCAUCCACUAUAAUUUUAACCCCACCGAUAAGGACAGAAGCAAUCGUGACAAUACGAAGCUCUUGUACUAUAGCACAGCCAUUUGAAACUUCUCUGUCAAAUACAGAGUACUUGAGCGUUCUUCCCACCGAGGGUAUGAUACCCACAAGAAGAGACUUUCAAUUAAAAAUACAAUGCAAACGAAAGGUCGAACGUAGUAUCAAUGCAGUACUCGAAAUUUAUACAGAGAAUAGCAAGGUGGAUGUACAGAUAAAAGUUAAUGUUAAACGAAUGUAAAUUUAAAUGUUAGAGUUAGUACUUUUAUUUGAAUAUUUAUUACUAAGGAUACGCUGUAGUUUUGCAUUUUUAUACAGGUAAUUUUGUAUUAUUAAUAAAAUAAUUUUCAAUAAAUACAUUUUUAAUUGUUAAUAAAUUU